UAACCACCUUGGUAUACGGACCUCACGAUUACGUUUCAGAAAGGAGGUAUCCUUUGUUUUGGCGAAGACUUCGAGAACCCUCGACGAGAUGUCACUGCGCCGGUUCCUCCUGCCGUUCUUGUCAUGCCUCGCCCUGGCUCCUCUUCUUGCUCAGGGCGGAGCGGAGGACAUGUCAUCUAAGGAUGGCAUGUGUCCUGACUUCCCUAAAUACGCCUUCUCACCUUGCAUCCUCUACUGCAAUAAAGAUUCUGAUUGCAAGGGAAAUAAGAAGUGUUGUUCGUUCAGUUGCAUGCAAAAAUGUGUGGAACCAGUGUUCUAAAACGGAGAA